CUGUAUGCGAAUACUGGCUGCCGUACGCUUCUAUUUUACCUACCUGGGUACCUACCCAUCUGCCUACCAAGUAGAUAUCUACCUGCAUAGGCCUGCCUAGGUAGAAAGUCCCAGAGUUAGCAUCACGUUGGCAUCAGAGUUGGAAGCGAGUUAGAACGAGUUAGAACGAGUUAGAGCCAGUCGGAGCGAGUCAGAAACCAUGUCGUCGACUUCGAUACUGGACACUGCUCUACUGACACCACGUCUGCUCGAUGGUUGCGUUGCGUGGGCGUCGUCGCUCAACAAGAACGACAUCAGGAGUCUCUUGCUCAUAACUAUUAUCACGGCAGUCGUAUGGCACUACUUCUCACCCCGAAAACAACGCCUUGUCCCUGGAAUUCCUGUCAUUGGCGGUGUCGGCAUCAAGGAGCGGAUCAGAAGCCGCGAACGCUUUCGACAUGAUUCGAAGGCCAUGCUAGAAGAGGGGUACUUCCGAAACAACGUCGACGGUGGCUUGUUCUAUGUGCCGUCUCCUCUCGGCGAGCGUCUCAUGCUUCCUAUACGCUAUCUGGAAGACCUAAAGACAGCACCGAUGGAUAAGGUUGACUUCGUGGGAACCUUCAUCGAGAUGUUCGAGGGGAAAUACACAACCUUUGGCAGCCGCAGCACGCUACAUCCUAGGACGGUCAAGGCGGACUUGAACCAGCAUCUGUCGGAUGUCAUGCAGAGCGUGCAGGACGAGAUUAUCGAAUGCUUCGAUGAGAUUUUCCCGAAGUGCUCCGAAGAUGAGUGGACGGCAGUACCUCUCGUGGACGUCAUCACACGUAUCGUGGCGCGUGCGUCUUCCCGCAUGUUUGGCGGUGCCCAGCUUAGCCGUAACUCGGCUUGGGUAGCGGCAUCUCUCUCGUUCGCCAUCGAUGGAUAUAUCGGUGCGCAGAAGCUUAAAAAGUACCCAGAAUUUCUCAAGCCCCUGGUCGCGCGUCUAAUCCCCGAGGUACGAAUCCUUGCCAAGUAUCACGAAGAGGCUGAGAAGGCCGCGCUCCCCAUGCUCGCAGAACGGGAGCGCACGGGAGAACGCCCGAAGGAUUUGCUCUCGUGGAUGCAAGACGCGGCAGUGGGUGAGGAGACAGAUCCCCGAUUCAUAGCAGGGAUUCUUCUCAAGAUCAGCUUUGCAGCUAUUCAUACGACGGCGGCGGCAAACAGUCAGCUGAUCUUCGACCUCUGCGCACAUCCCGAGUUGAUUCCCCUGGUCAGGAAUGAGUUUGAGGAAGUUGCUGAGGAAGACGGGAAGAUUAGCAAGAAGGGAUUCUUCCAGAUGCACAUAAUGGAUAGCAUCAUGAAAGAGAGUCAGCGAUUCAAUCCGCUUCUGUUAGGUAUUGCCCUCUUGCCCUCUCUUGCCUUUUCCCUUGACCUUCUCUUUCAACCUCCUCCAUCUAUACCCUUCACUUUUGAACGCAUCAUUACCGAGGAUUGGCGUCUAUCGGAUGGGUUCGUAAUCCCAGCACAUACCACCGUCGGCGUGCCGUCGCAGGCCAUCGCUAUGGACCCAAAUCUAUAUCCCGAACCGGAAACUUUCGAUGGCCUACGAUUCGCGAAGCUCCGCGAAACCACGGAUAACCCAGCCACGAAAGGCAAGGCACAGUUUGUCGCGGCCAAUCCGCAGAGCAUGGCAUUCGGCUACGGGAGACACGCAUGUCCAGGUCGGUUCUUUGCCGGGGACGAAAUCAAGGCGAUCACAAUGCAUCUGUUGAAUAAUUACGACAUCAAAUUCGCGGAGGGGCAAACUCGGCCGAAAAGUUUGGAGGUCGAGACGCAAUUCUUGCCGGAUCAUGCUGCGACCAUCUUGUGCAAGAAACGGGUACGAAGGAAUUAA